AUACUUGAAAAUGCACUUAAGGAAAUUGUAUGUGAGAGAGAGUUGUACAUGUUCAUUUGUGUUAUAUGUUUGUCUGCUUUGCCAUGAUUCUGUAGGUCAGAAGUAGUAUGUAGAAUGCCUGCACUAAAAAUGUAGUUUCCUUCUCUCUGCCUUUGAUAGUUCUGUGAACUGGAUCUUCAGGGCUGGCUCCCUGAGGAUGCGUACUCAAUGGCUGUGCUCUCUGCUUAACACAAGGAUUCCUCCCCCAGCCCACCUCUGCCUGCAUUGGUGCUGAUCUGCCUGGGCUGAGCCUCGGCACCUAUCAAAUGUCAACCCCACAGGGGUCUGGGUACAAGAAUCUGCUCAGCCUGCCCAGGACUGACACAACUGCUCAGUCAGUAGGUGUGCAAAUAUAGAAGGUGGCAUUUGAAGGGACUCUGAAGUGUCUGUAUGAUUUUAUAGGUGGAGACCACUUGGGGAGCAUUCCAGCCAAGGGAUUGGCGCUGGAGGAAGUUCCCCUGGAGGUGCUGAGGCAGAGGGAGUCCAAGUGGCUGGACAUGCUCAACAACUGGGACAAAUGGAUGGCCAAGAAGCACAAAAAGAUUCGUCUUCGGUGCCAGAAGGGCAUCCCACCUUCUCUUCGGGGACGAGCUUGGCAGUACCUGUCAGGAGGCAAGGUGAAACUUCAGCAGAACCCUGGAAAAUUCGAUGAGCUGGACACGUCUCCUGGGGACCCCAAAUGGCUAGAUGUGAUUGAACGUGACCUGCACCGGCAGUUCCCUUUCCAUGAGAUGUUUGUGUCCCGAGGAGGCCAUGGCCAGCAGGACCUGUUCCGUGUGCUGAAGGCCUACACGCUGUACCGCCCCGAGGAGGGCUACUGCCAGGCCCAGGCUCCCAUUGCUGCUGUGCUGCUCAUGCACAUGCCCGCUGAGCAAGCCUUCUGGUGUCUGGUACAAGUCUGCGAGAAGUACCUGCCUGGCUACUAUAGUGAGAAAUUGGAGGCAAUCCAGCUGGAUGGCGAGAUCCUCUUCUCACUACUACAGAAGGUGUCUCCUGUGGCUCACAAGCACCUUAGCCGGCAGAAGAUCGACCCCCUGCUGUACAUGACAGAGUGGUUCAUGUGUGCCUUUGCACGUACCCUGCCUUGGAGCUCCGUGCUGCGAGUCUGGGACAUGUUCUUUUGUGAAGGAGUCAAGAUCAUCUUCCGUGUGGGGCUGGUACUGCUGAAGCACGCACUAGGCUCCCCUGAGAAGCUCAAAGCCUGCCAGGGCCAGUAUGAAACCAUCGAGCAGCUGCGGAGCCUCAGCCCCAAGAUCAUGCAGGAAGCCUUCUUGGUCCAAGAGGUGAUAGAGUUGCCUGUGACAGAGCGCCAGAUUGAGCGGGAGCACCUCAUCCAGCUGCGGCGCUGGCAAGAGACCCGUGGUGAGCUGGAGUGUCGCUCUCCGCCUAGGAUGCAUGGUGCCAAGGCCAUCCUGGAUGCAGAGCCUGGUCCCCGACCUGCCCUGCAACCUUCACCGUCCAUCCGCCUACCCCCAGAUACAACCCUCCUCAGCUCCAAAGCUAAGCCAUCCAAGCAGGUUCAGAAGGAGCAGAGGAGGACAAAGGCCAGUGGGCAGAUGGAAAAGUCCCCAGGCCCCACUCCAGGCACAGUGGUGACUGCUUCAGGAGAUGCCUGUCCUCCUCAGGAUGUGCCCCCAAAGAACUCAGUCUCCCAGGACCCAGUCCCGCAGGACUCUGCUCCCCAGGACUUAGUCUACCACCGUUCGCAGGAGAGCCUGACCUCCCAGGAGAGUGAGGACACCUACUUGUAACCCCGGGAGUUCAGGCCUCCAGGUGGGGUCUCCACACAUCUUACACGGUUCAAAGACUGACAACACUCCAGGUCCUGUGUACCUGAAGGCUCAUCUGCUUGGCCACUGGGCUGGGGUAGAAUCUGGCUGGCCCAGUACAGAUUCUGCCUGAGCCUCCUAUUUAUUUUCUCUUGAGUCAAGCUGGCCCAGCCAGCACAGGCAGAAGCUAUGGCCGAAGGAGUUGGGUCUCACUCAGCCCAUCCUUCUGGGGUGUUUCCCAGGGCUAGGGUGCUGACAUGCGGGGAAGCGGUGGGGUACUCUUUGUGUAAAAUAGAAACAUGGUUUUGUACGGAAAUAAACAGGCUUGUAUAGAGA